GAUGAAAUAGCCUAUCUGUGCAUCCUGUAGAUUCCGUUUUAGGGCUUCAUUUAAAUGCGCAUUCCCGCUUCCGUGACUGUCACUGGGAGACCCCACCCCUGCCUUCUCUCCCUACAUAUCUUCUUAACUUUAACGAGCCUCGUUAAGAUCACAAUAAUAUUCCACCCACUAAUUGCUCAUUCCAUUCAACAAAUAGGCGAGCCUCCGCUUCGACUUCACACGAGUCAGGGGAGGGAGGGAGGCUGCUGUUGAGAUUGGAGUUCCUGAUAACCCCCCGUGCGUGCAGCACAAGUGGUGAAAGCCUCUACGUACUGGCUAAUGAUUGGCACGCUUGACAGUGAUUGGCAGGGCUGCCAUGACAACCCUACAACGACACCAAGAAGACCAAUAGAAAAGCGAAACAAAAUAUUUCAAUGCUACACUCACGGUGGAUUUAGGGGGAGAUAUUAUGAGGCUGGUGUCAUUAGGCGAUAGCCAUUGAAUCAUUCAAUCUGAAAUCGUCGUUCUUUUUCCUUCGCAAAUUUCAUUCUCUCUCAGGUCAUUUCCAUGGUUUUCAGAUCGCCUUUAGAGCUUUACCCCUCUCAUUUCUUCCUGCCAAACUUUGCUGAUCGCUCUCUGCUCUUGGCGAGCAGCGCGCCCAGCACCAGGUCUCCUGAAGACUUGUCAAUGUUUCAGCUACCGACGCUAAACUUCUCUCCAGAGCAAGUGGCGAGCGUCUGCGAGACGCUAGAGGAGACCGGGGACAUCGAGCGGUUGGGUCGCUUCCUAUGGUCGCUUCCAGUGGCGCCGGGCGCUUGCGAAGCGAUCAACAAGCAUGAAUCCAUUCUACGCGCCCGAGCCGUGGUUGCUUUUCAUACAGGCAAUUUUCGCGAUCUCUACCACAUAUUGGAGAACCACAAGUUUACGAAGGAUUCGCAUGGCAAACUACAGGCAAUGUGGCUAGAGGCGCACUAUCAGGAGGCCGAGAAACUACGCGGGCGUCCCCUAGGACCGGUUGAUAAGUAUAGGGUGCGAAAGAAGUUUCCCCUGCCUAGAACCAUCUGGGACGGUGAGCAGAAGACGCAUUGUUUCAAAGAGCGAACGCGGAGUCUGUUACGGGAGUGGUACCUUCAGGACCCCUACCCAAACCCCAGCAAGAAAAGGGAACUGGCGCAAGCCACUGGACUCACUCCUACACAGGUCGGAAAUUGGUUUAAAAAUCGGAGACAACGAGACAGGGCAGCAGCAGCAAAAAACAGGCUCCAGCACCAAGCAAUAGGGCAGAACGGCAUGCGGUCCCUUUCAGAAACCGGCUGUACCCCACGCAGUUCGGCGGAAUCGCCAUCAACUGCGGCAAGUCCAACUACCAGUGUCUCCAGUAUGACAGAGAGAGUCGACACGGGCACGUCAAUUCUUUCAGUAACAUCAAGUGACUCGGAAUGCGACGUAUGAUACGCAAAAAGAGAAAUAUAUACAGGGAAUAUGGACCUGAACAAACUUUAUGAAUUGUCGGGAAAUUAAAAGGACCAACUGAUAUUACUAUUAUGAAAAGGAAAACAAACAAAACAUAAAAGCACGUCUUUUUCAAGCGCUUUCAAUGGACCCCACACUUUCCCUCCACCCCAUGACUUGCAUGACAUAUAUAUCUAUAUAUCUAUAUAUUUUUCUUUUUUGUAUACGGGGGAAAUGUCCCACGUUUGUUGUGUCUACCAGGACCACCGCAGAGAGGGAAUUACCAGAAACCGGUGUCCAUCGCCUUUUUCUGUUUUAGUCCGAGAGACGACAAGCAGCCAGGAUGCAAUCCUCUUUUCCUUUAUGUUCAUCAGACAAUCAUUUAAGUCGUAAGCACCUUUUUACUACAAUUCUGUCACUGCCUGUGUGGGGUACUGGUCAAAUGUGGAACUGAAUCGUUAUGACUGUAUCAGAUUUUUAUUUUUAUUUUGAGAUUUUAUAUUGAAUUAUGUAUAUCUUAAAUAAUGCGAUCAUUCUUUAAGUCUGUAAUAUAUGUGUAGAAAUACGCCUGUAAAUAAUAUUGCUCUACCGCCUUCAUUCUUUUUUCUAUCCCUGUUCACUUUUCUUGACUUGGUGCCCCUAUACCUAACUAUUCGUCCAAACGUGACUAUUAAGUGCUCUAGGCGUUGUUUGUCUGUUUUUAUACCAUUCAAGAACGCUGCUGACCAUGAAUUAUCAGUCGGGAUUAAUGCAAAAGAAAAAUACUGGACAUCAUUAUCGACUGGCCAAGUCUAUUUCAUGUUUCUAGUUCAGCGCUUAUUAUUCAACGUUACUUUCUUGCGUGUUUCUGUUAAUGUAUACGUUUCUAAAUUGAAAAUACAGUAUUCAAUUUUGUUAUAAAACUGCAUUAAGUGUGUCAUUUCCACAAAUCAUUUCCAAUGCAAUAACAUUCAAAUAAUUUUUACUAUCAUUUGCUUCUAGCAGGAAGUAACCUAAAACAUUGAACCAUGUGACGUAAGGUCACUUAACCUACAAACACUUUGCAACAAUUCUGUAGGAUUUCAAAUUACGGUAAAACUUUUUUCUUUUCGCAUAUAUUAGUAUAGGGACUACACAGCAUAUAAAUAUAUAUUUUUUUAUAAAAUAAGUGAAGGCGACUAAUCAUUGCGUACUCCUCCCCUGGCCCUGUGUGUACCAUUCUAACCAACGUAACAGCUUUUCAUUCAAAACUGCAAGGAGGAAGCUCCCUUUAGACGAGCAACACCAGCUCAUAUGAACCAAAAGAAAACCAUACAGUAGUCUUAACUACUUUAUACCUUUUGAAGUUUUCUUGAACAAACAUAAACAGGUUAUUUUUGUCAUUAGAUUAUCAGUUAAAAUAAUUUUUAUACGAAGUUAAAGUUACUCUAAAAUGGAUUUACUGUUCAAUUCAUAUUUGCGCAUUUUAAUUUGUUAUUUUAAUUUUUUAAUAUGUUAUAGUGUCCGGAUGACACCAAAUUUAAAAGGAUGACACCAAAUUUAAAAUGAAAAAUGUUGUUGUGAAUUGCAUUCUGUGAUUAGCCAAAGACUAGUUUAAUUCUUUCAAUUUGUAAGGAUUUUACAAAGCAUAUCCUAGAACAAUGUUGUCUAAAUUACCUGUAAGAUCUAAAUAAUAUCUGGUAAACUAAAUUUUAUUUCAUAUUUUGUUCAUAUAGCUAUUAUGUUCGACAGAUUAUGCUACUUAAAG